UCCCCGAAGAGACAUUUUUUCCCUCACUUUGUUCAAUUAACCUGCAAACUCUAGUGUCAAAUGGCCUAAGCAGGAUUCAUUUCAUGGCGAUUGCUCCUUUUGCGUCACUACUACCAGCAAAACCCGCCAUCUUCAGAGCUCCUCAUUUCCAACAUAUUUGUACUUCUUCCACAUUACUCCCAUACCUUUCAUCUCACCCUCUCUCAACUCUUUCACAGCUUUUCUCCAAACAAACCACCAAUCCCACCAAGACCAACAAACCCAAAAAUGGUAAACAACUCAAUAAUCCUCCCAAGCCCAAAUCGUCAUCAUCUUCUUCCAAAUCCAAAACAGCAGCAAACAUGGCCAAUCUCAUCAACACAAACACAUGGUCAUCUAAUCUUGAAUCUUCACUUUCCUCCCUCACUCAACCUUCUCUCUCACACACCACUGUCCUCCACACUCUCCGCUUCAUCAAGAAACCUUCUAAAGCCCUUCACUUCUUCACCUGGACCCAAAAGUUAGGUUUUUCACACACCCAUCAAUCCUAUUUCCUCAUGCUGCAACUUCUUGGCAAUGCCCGUAACCUAAAUUCAGCAAGAAACUUCCUUUUCUCUAUACCCACAAGGUCCAAGGGUACUGUUCCCCUUCAAGAUAAGCACUUUAACACCUUGAUCCGGAGUUACGGUAAAGCUGGGCUUUUUCAAGAAUCAUUUAAGGUGUUUAAAACGAUGAAAUCACUUGGAAUUUCACCCUCUGUGGUUACGUUUAACUGUUUGUUUUCAAUUUUGCUUAAGAGGGGUCGAACUGGUAUGGUCUAUGACUUGUUUGAUGAAAUGCUUAAGACAUAUGGUACUAAGCCUGAUCUAUAUACUUUUAACAUUUUGAUCAGAGGGUUUUGUAUGAAUUCCAUGAUUGAUCAAGGGUUUAGGUUUUUUAAGGAAAUGGAGAGGCACGAAUGUGAACCGGAUGUUGUUACAUACAACACGAUUGUUGACGGUUUGUGUAGGGCAGGGAAAGUGAAGAUUGCGCAUAAUGUGUUAAAGGGUAUGGUCAAGAGGGGUCAUCAGUUGAGUCCUAAUGUUAUAAGCUACACCACUUUGGUUAGAGGGUAUUGUAAGAAGCAAGAGGUUGAACAUGCUCUUGAUGUCUUUAAGGAAAUGAUUGAUCUUGAUUUAAAACCGACAAGUACUACUUAUAAUACUCUUGUACAAGGUCUUUGUGAGGCUCAAAAAUUUGACAGAAUAAAAGAGAUCUUGGAGGGGACUCUUGGAGGUGGAGGAUUUAUUCCAGAUACAUGUACUUUUAACACAUUGAUUACCUAUCAUUGCAAUGUGGGAAAUUUGGACGAGGCAAUGAAAGUGUUUGAGAGUAUGUCGGACCUAAAGGUUAAACCUGAUUCAGCAACGUAUAGUGUCUUAAUACGGAGCUUUUGUCAAAAGGGGUACGUUGAUAGGGCAGAAAAAAUAUUUGAUGAACUACUGAAGACCGAGGUUUUGCUCUGUGAUGAUGGCUGUAAACCACUUGUUGCUGCAUACAACCCUAUGUUUGAGCAUUUGUGUAAGAUUGGAAAGACAAAGCACGCCGAGAAAGUGUUCAGGCAGCUAAUGAGAAGAGGAACUCAGGAUCCUUUGGCUUAUCGAAUAUUGAUUAUGGGGCACUGUAGAGAAGGCACAUUUAAUGAUGCACGUGAACUCUUAGUUUUGAUGUUGAGGAAAGAUUAUGUACCUGAUAUUGAAAUUUAUGAGUCUCUAAUUAAAGGUCUGCUGCAAAAGAAUGAUCCUAAAGUUGCUUACGAUACUCUAGAGAAGAUGUUGAAAAGCUCCCAUCUUCCGAGAUCUUCAACUUUCCAUCAAAUCCUUACGGAACUCAUCAAGAAGAAUUGUGCAAGUGAAUGUGCUUCCUUGGUGAAACUAAUGUUAGAUUACAAAGUUAGACAAAGCAUUAGCCUUUCAACUGAUACUGUGAGGAUACUCUUCCAAACAGGAUUAAGGGAGAGAGGUUUUGAGAUUGUUAGGUGUCUUUACGAAAAUGGAUACAUGGUAAAUAUGGAAGGCUUGGUUGUUUCGCUUUGCCAGUGUAGAAAGUUAUUGGAGGCACGUGACCUAUUGUUGUUCAGCUUAAGCAAGGAUCAUAUUCUGAAUGUAGAUACAUGCAGUACUGUUUUGUCUGCUCUCUGCAAAGCGCGUAGAGCUUCAGAAGCAUUUCAGAUUUACUAUGAGUUGCUUGAGAAAGGAAUCCAACAACCCUUAAAAUGCUUAGAAGAGUUAGGACUUGUUCUUGAAACUGAAGGAAGAACUAAGGAAUCUGAAUUUGUUAAGAAGAGAAUCUUAGGCCAAUCACAAUCAGAUGGAUUGGUUCAAACUUGUGCAUCUGAAGGAGAUCUCUGUAUUGUGUAGCACAUAAGAGUUCUACUGAUUCUUCAAUUAUUAUCUUAACCACAUUUUGUUUGGAAGAAUAAUGGUUUGCAUAUGGUACUUAACUUACAUGGUUAAGUCUGAUCUGGACAGCCUUGGAAAACAUUAAAGAUAGGACUCAACAGUCCCUGAGGUCUCUGGUUCACCAAAAUUUGUUGCAUAAUCAUUUUAGCCUUUCCGGGGGUAUUAAGAGAAAUGGUGCAAGUCCAUGUGGAGGGCCUGAUGAUAAACUGUACCUUGAAUUUUAUACAUUAGAACUUUUUGCAUUUGUAGACAAUCUUCUCUAAUAUAAAAA